GCUAGAAGCUGAGGAUGUGAUUAGUCCGCGAAAAAUGGCGUUUCUCUGUUCGUCUCUUCCAAGUUCAUCCUCUAUCGCCAUCUUCAGCGACUCAAACACAGAUGGAUCAUCACGCUCGUCUCUUUCGAUUCCUUCCUUGAGGUUCCGGUUCCGUCCCGUCGCUGCUUCAUCACACAUUUGUGCUCCAGCGAUCGACAAGUCGACGUUCGUCAUAUCCGAAUCGGUGUCAGAAGAUGAGCUUUGGGCUGCAGCUUGUCUUCGCGUACGAACCUUCAACGAACUAAAUCCUUCUGCUUACAAUAUCCAAGAUCAUAGAAGAUACUUGGCAGAGCGUGAAUUCGAGGCGCUUAAGGAGAGAACUUCAGGGAAGAGGGAAGGGUUUACGCGGGUUGCUUGCAUAAAUGCUACCCUUCCAUUGUCGCAAUUAUCAAGCUCUUCCGAGGAUUUAUGCUCUUCAUGCAAGUUCUCUGAUGGCAUAGAAGACAGAGUUGUGGUGGGAAGCCUUGAUCUUAACCAAUGUCGUUGGCUUCCUGAUGAAAUUGCUGGAACAAAACCAGAGGGGAUUGGUGUGGAUUUCGCAAGGGCAUACUUAAGCAACGUUUGUGUUGCAAAAGAGCUGCAUCGUAAUGGAGUUGGUUACAAACUCAUUGACAAGUCUAAGAGAGUUGCUGGAGAAUGGGGCAUAACGGAUAUGUACGUGCAUGUGACGGUAGACAAUGAAGCAGCAAAGAGGCUAUACAUGAAAAGCGGGUUCGAGCAAGAGACUGCUGAGCCAGUGUGGCAAGCUCGAUACCUCAACAGGCCACAACGGCUCCUCCUCUGGCUCGCCCUCCCUACUACCUCCUCAAUUAUGUCCAUGUAAUUGUAAAUCUUUUCAAAUAUCCAAUUUGUAUACCUGUUUUUGGCAAUCAAUAAAAGCUUUAUAACUCUCAACAAAAUCACUUUUAUUUUAUUUU